AUGCCUGACGAUCAGAUUUUCAUUGACGAUUUUGUUCAAUUUCAGUUGAACGUCAACAGUGGUCCAGUGAUCGAACCAGUAGACAGGGUACGAAUCGCGAUCGAAGCAGAGGUCCAGGUCACUGUGCUGGAAAAGGAAAACGCGGAUGCCCAAAAACGUGAUAUUGGUUUCGUGUAUGACCAAGGCACCGAUAUCCAAAAGCUCGAGAUUGGUGGUUCCGGUGAUCGACCAGAAGGACUCGAAAAAGCAUAUGACAAGCUGCUGGAGAUCGUUAGCUAUCCAUUGUUGUAUAAGGAAUGGAUCGAUCAGAUCGGUAUUGAAUGUCCAAAAGGGAUUUUGCUCCAUGGUCCUCCGGGUUGUGGUAAAACGUUCCUAGUCUCGUCCAUUGCGCGAGCAUGCAAUGCCGAACUGUUCAGCCUGUCAGGAUCCGAAGAUGCACUAUCACCACACCGUGAUCGCGCUCAAUCUCACGAAAAUAGAGUUGUUGCUCAACUGCUGACGUUGAUGGAUGGCAUGGAAUCACGAGGGAGACUUAUCAUUGUUGGAGCAACAAAUCGACCAAAUGCUAUUGAUCCUGCCCUGAGACGCCCUGGAAGAUUCGAUCGCGAGAUCUCAAUCGAUGCUCCCGAUACCGAAACACGUAAAGCACUGUUUUAUACGCAGUUAUCGACUAUGCCACUAGAAAACGAUAUAAGUGCAGAGUCGCUUGCUUCUAUUACGAACGGUUACGUUGCUGCUGAUAUCACAGCGCUUUGUCGUGAAGCAGCAAUGCAUGCAGUUGAGCGGGCAAGUCAUACAUCGUCUUCCUCUCCGGAUUUGAAGGUGAAUCUUGGCGACUUCAAAGCAGCGUUGGGUGUUGUACGACCGUCUAUGCAACGGGGUUUCCAAGUCCAAGUUGAGAAAUCAAAUUGGCAGGAUGUGGGCGGAUUGGCAGACGUUAAAAAGCAACUCAAGCAAGCGGUUGAGUGGCCUAUUAAGCACAAGGACAGUUUUCUCCGGCUAGGAUUGAAACCACCACGUGGUAUCUUACUCUAUGGUCCUCCAGGAUGCAGUAAAACAACAUUAGUCAAGGUGAUUGCAUCUUCGUCUGGGGCAGCUUUCCUAUCCAUCAACGGAGCACAACUUUAUUCGCCCUAUGUGGGUGAUUCCGAAAAAGUUGUACGCACUACUUUCCAAAAAGCAAGAGCAUCGGCACCAGCUAUUAUCUUUCUGGAUGAAACAGAGGCCAUUGUAGGGAAGCGGAAUAUGGGCAGUGGCGGAUCAAAUAGUGGUGACAGUGUGCAAGAACGAGUUUUGUCGACACUUUUAAACGAGAUGGACGGCGUAGAGACUGCUGAAUCUGUUCUCGUAGUGGGUGCUACCAACCGACCCGAUAUGCUAGAUGCAGCUUUGCUACGACCAGGGCGAUUCGAUCGGCUUGUCUAUGUUCCGCCACCAGACGAAGAAGCGCGUGCCGAGAUUCUCAAAAUCCACACUCGGAAGACACCUCUAAGUCACAGCGUUGAUCUUAGCAGUAUCGCAAAACGAACCAACAUGUACACUGGUGCUGAUUUACAAAAUGUAUGCCGAGAAGCUGCCAUGAUGGCACUACGGGAUAUGCACUCGGCGGAUGAAGUUGAAAUGAUCCACUUUGAAAAAGCACUUGGCACGAUACCUCCAUCAAUAACACCAUCCAUACUUGAAACAUAUAAUAAACCAGCAGCAAGGUGA